AGUUACCUGAACCAGCUGGACCGGAUCACGGCCCCCGGUUACCUCCCCAACGAGCAGGACGUGCUGCGAUCCCGAGUGAAGACCACGGGCAUCAUCGAGACCAAGUUCUCUGUCAAAGACCUGAAUUUCAGGAUGUUCGACGUGGGGGGGCAGAGAUCGGAGCGCAAGAAGUGGAUCCAUUGCUUCGAGGGGGUGACCUGCAUCAUCUUCUGCGGGGCGCUGAGCGCCUACGACAUGGUGCUGGUGGAGGACGACGAAGUGAACCGCAUGCACGAAUCCCUGCACCUCUUCAACAGUAUAUGCAACCACAAGUUCUUCGCCGCCACCUCCAUCAUCCUCUUCCUCAACAAGAAGGACCUUUUCGAGGAAAAGAUCAAGAAAGUCCAUCUCAGCAUUUGCUUCCCAGAAUAUGACGGUCCCAACACGUUCGAAGACGCAGGAAACUACAUCAAGACCCAGUUCCUCGACCUCAACAUGCGGAAGGACGUGAAGGAGAUCUACAGCCACAUGACCUGUGCCACAGACACGCAGAACGUCAAAUUCGUCUUUGACGCCGUCACGGAUGUCAUCAUCAAGGAGAACCUCAAGGACUGCGGCCUCUUCUGA